AUGAACACGCCGUGUGCUCUUCUGGCGGCUCCCCAGAUGUACACCCCGAGAUCUAAUUCCUUUAACAUCUGCAACAUCUUUCCUUCAGGUUAUGCUUGCCGUAACAUCUCCACCUCCACCACGCUCCAGAACAGGACCCACGUUAACUAUGACAUCAAAGGAGACGUUGCUGUUGUGCGUUUCAACACCCCAAACUCAAAGGUGAACACUUUGUCCAAACAACUCAACGCAGAGUUUACUGAGGUGAUGAAUGAGAUCUGGGCCAAUGAAGGUAUCAAAAGUGCCGUCCUCAUUUCUUCGAAGCCAGGCUCUUUCAUUGCUGGAGCGGAUAUCGACAUGAUUGCAGCCUGCAAGACUGCUCAGGAAGUGACUCAGCUCUCUCAGGACGGACAGAAGAUGCUAGAAAAAAUUGAGCAGUCUCCAAAGCCCAUAGUCGCUGCCAUCAGCGGCUCCUGCCUGGGAGGGGGACUGGAGGUUGCCAUUGCCUGUCACUACAGAAUAGCAACAAAGGACAAGAAAACAGUCUUAGGAACACCUGAAGUGAUGCUGGGUCUCCUGCCAGGGGCAGGGGGUACUCAGAGGCUGCCAAAAAUGGUGGGACUUCCUGCUGCCUUUGAUAUGAUGCUGACUGGAAGGAACAUACGUGCUGACAGAGCAAAGAAGAUGGGUCUGGUUGACCAGCUGGUGGACCCACUAGGGCCAGGCGUGAAGACUCCAGAAGCACGAACGAUUGAGUACCUGGAGGAGGUGGCAAUUGGCUUUGCCCGGGGACUGGCCAACAGAACUGUGUCUGCCAAGAGAUCGAAAGGGCUAAUGCAGAAGAUAACAGACUAUGCCAUGGCUCUUCCCUUUGUGAGGCAGCAAGUCUACAAGACGGUGGAGGGCAAAGUUCAGAAGCAAACCAAAGGACUCUACCCUGCUCCGCUAAAGAUCAUUGAGGUCGUAAAGACUGGACUUGAUCAGGGGCGUGAUGCUGGAUACCUCACCGAAUCCCAGAGCUUUGGCCAACUUGCCAUGACCAAGGAGUCCCAGGCGCUGAUCGGACUUUACCACGGGCAGGUGCGCUGCAAGAAGAACAAGUUUGGAGCACCUCAGCGAGAGGUCAAGACGCUGGCGGUGCUGGGAGCUGGGCUCAUGGGAGCUGGGAUUGCCCAGGUUUCAGUGGAUAAAGGACUGAAGACCAUCCUGAAGGACACAGCACAGCAAGGCUUGGACAGAGGACAGCAGCAGGUCUUCAAGGGGCUGAACGGCAAGGUGAAGAAGAAGAGUUUGACAUCAUUUGAGAGGGACUCCAUUCUCAGCAACCUGACCGGCCAGCUGGACUACAAGGGCUUUGAGAAGGCAGACAUGGUGAUCGAGGCUGUGUUCGAGGACAUUAACAUCAAGCACAAAGUGCUGAAGGAGGUGGAGGCUGUGAUCCCUGCCCACUGCAUCUUCGCCAGUAACACCUCUGCCCUCCCCAUCAGCCAAAUCGCUGCUGUGAGCAAGCGGCCGGAGAAGGUGAUCGGGAUGCACUACUUCUCCCCCGUUGACAAAAUGCAGCUGCUGGAAAUCAUCACCACAGACAAGACAUCCCAGGACACCGCUGCUUCCGCUGUUGCUGUGGGCCUCAAGCAGGGCAAGGUCGUCAUCGUGGUAAAGGAUGGGCCUGGCUUCUACACCACCAGGUGCCUGGGGCCAAUGCUGGCAGAAGUCGUGCGAGUUCUCCAGGAGGGUGUUGACCCAAAGAAAAUAGACGCCAUCUCUACAGCCUUUGGGUUUCCUGUGGGUGCUGCCACACUGAUCGACGAGGUGGGUGUGGAUGUGGCCACGCACGUGGCUGAGGACCUCGGCAAGGCCUUCGGCGAGCGCUUCGGAGGAGGCAGCAUCGAGUUGUUCAAGCUCAUGGUACAAAAAGGCUUCCUAGGUCGCAAGGCAGGGAAAGGCUUUUAUAUUUACCAGGAGGGGGUGAAGAACAGGAACGUGAAUUCUGGCAUGGAUGAGAUCCUGGCGCAGUUCAAAGUGCCGGCCAAACCCGAGGUCUGCACCGACGAGGACAUCCAGAUGCGCCUGGUGACGAGGUUUGUGAACGAGGCAGCCAUGUGCCUGCAGGAGGGGAUCCUCAGCAACCCCGUGGAGGGAGAUAUCGGUGCUGUGUUCGGCUUGGGCUUCCCGCCGUGCCUGGGAGGUCCCUUCAGGUUCGCAGACUCCUACGGAGCCAAGCAGCUGGUGGACAAGCUGCGCAAGUACGAGGCCGUCUACGGCUGCCAGUUCACGCCGUGCCAGCUGCUGGUGGACUACGCCAACAGCCCCAGCAAGAAAUUCCACCAGUGAGCGUGGCCCCGACACCACCACCACCCACCCGACACGUGCCCACAGCUGGAGCCGGGCCCACCGGGCUCUCCAGCGACACCCCCUUCUCUGUAGGUUAAUCUGCCCGGCCCCCCCCGGGGCGGGGGGAGGAAAGGAGGGUGGCAGGGGGUUGCCUCGUGGCUUGUAGUCAUUUCAAAGUGCCUUAUCAGCUGCUGUGUGUUGGGCACGUCCGUCCCGUGCCGGCCUGGGCCUGGUGGCUCCUUGCUGGGAGAGAGAUCUUCUGCCUUCGCCUUCGCGCUGCCGCCUCCGGAGCCCUGGCUCCCGCCGGCCCCAAGGCCUCACCUCUCCAUAAACCUCCGGCACAAUAAAUCCCCGUCUCCCGGGUCUGGACUCCAUGCCUGCUUCUCCUCCCCUCUCCCUGGGGCAGCGGCCUCUCGGCACCGAGGAAGGGAACCCGCUCCAGUGGGAAAUAAAGCGUUCAGGCAAUC